AUGCUCCGAACCACCUCGUUCAUUCCUCGCUUGGUCUCCAGAACUCUCUCGUUCUCUUCGGCAACAGCAGCUGAACAGCCCACGAAAAAAGAGGUUGAAGCCUUGUUUGCUGAGCAACCUCAGGAAAGAAGAGGAAAUGCCUACAGCAUGAACCGAGUGGAAAUUGUUGGUGGUGUUGCAAAUGAUCCUGUUUUCAAAACGGCAAAGAACGAUCGCCCUUACUCAAUAAUCAACGUCAUCACUAACUCAAGGCUUCGUUUGGGUAAUGGAGAAUACAAAGAUCAGACUGAGCGUCACACCAUAACUGCAUUCGGAAGAACAGCUGAGUUCGUUGCGAAAAAUAUAAAGAAAGGUCAGCGAGUACUUAUCAAUGGUCGUCUUCAUUACACAGGUGGACAGCUUGAUGAUCAGGGAGUACGAAGCCCACGUCAGACCCACAUCCAUGCGGAAACAAUCCAACCGUUGGCGCGUCGUGGUGGCGAAUCAAACACAGAUUCUUAG